GAUUGGCCCUGGCGGCGGCCCGUCGCGUCGCGCUGCGGACCCGUAGGACCGACGCGGUGUUCAGUCGGCGGCCGGAGAAGGAAGAUGGACGCAGACGUGACACCAGUGGCAUGGGUCAUGUGGAAGAGUGAUGUGGGCCAAGCAGGGGGGUUGGAGUUGGAGCCAGGAUGGCCAGGGAAGGUCUCACGGCAGAGGUGUGCUCAGGGAUAUCCCAGGAAAGAUGUGGAAAAUCAGGCGUCUGGGACCCAGCUACUCUGACCUAUGACACUCUCCGAUUUGCUGAGUUUGAAGAUUUCCCGGAGACCUCGGAGCCUGUUUGGAUAUUGGGUAGAAAAUACAGCGUCUUCACAGAAAAGGACGAGAUCUUAUCUGAUGUGGCGUCCAGACUCUGGUUUACAUACAGGAAGAACUUCCCAGCCAUUGGGGGGACCGGCCCCACCUCGGACACGGGCUGGGGCUGCAUGCUCCGCUGUGGACAGAUGAUCUUCGCCCAGGCCCUGCUGUGCCGGCACUUAGGCCGAGAUUGGAGGUGGACACAGCGGAAGAGGCAGCCGGACAGCUACUUCCACGUCCUCAACGCAUUCAUCGACAGGAAAGACAGUUACUACUCUAUCCACCAGAUAGCGCAAAUGGGAGUUGGCGAGGGCAAGUCUAUUGGCCAGUGGUACGGGCCCAACACAGUCGCCCAGGUUCUCAAGAAACUUGCUAUCUUCGACACAUGGAGCGCCCUGGCUGUCCACAUAGCAAUGGACAACACGGUGGUGAUGGAGGACAUCAGAAGAUUAUGCAGGAGCAGCCUUCCAUGUGCGGAGGCCACUGCGUUUCCUGCAGACUCUGAAGGGCACUGUAAUGGACUCCCUGCGGGAGCCGAGGUCACCAACAGGCCAUCCUUGUGGCGACCCCUGGUGCUUCUCAUCCCCCUGCGCCUGGGGCUCACGGACAUCAAUGAGGCCUACGUGGAGACACUGAAGGGCUGUUUCAUGAUGCCUCAAUCCCUGGGAGUGAUUGGAGGGAAGCCCAACAGUGCCCACUACUUCAUCGGCUAUGUGGGUGAGGAGCUCAUCUACUUGGACCCCCACACGACACAGCCAGCUGUGGAGUUUACUGACAGCUUCUUGAUCCCAGAUGAAAGUUUCCACUGCCAGCACCCCCCGAGCAGGAUGAGCAUCGGGGAGCUAGACCCGUCCAUUGCUGUGGGUUUUUUCUGUAAGACUGAGGAUGACUUUAAUGACUGGUGCCAGCAAGUAAAAAAGCUGUCACUGCUUGGAGGUGCCCUGCCCAUGUUUGAGCUGGUGGAGCAGCAGCCUUCCCACCUGGCCUGCCCUGAUGUCCUGAACCUGUCCUUAGAUUCUUCUGAUGUAGAGCGACUGGAAAGAUUCUUUGACUCAGAAGAUGAGGACUUCGAAAUCUUGUCCCUUUGAAAAUCCUGAAGUCGGGGAAUAUCUCGACUGGCCCUUGCUGGGGUGCCUUUGAGAGCCCAGCUUGGCCUCAGGGCGCUUGGUGCCACCGCAUUCAUCCAUCCUGCCCACCUGCCCACCGCCCAUGUCCUGGCCGCCUCUGCCCUCGACGGGGGACUGCAUUAUGCUCAAGGCCUCACUGUAGGAAUGGGACUGCUCGGCCCAGACACUUCGGGCUGCUGGAGAGAACCAGGAAUCGCAGGGAGCAGAGCAGCGGCGGGGCUUGAAUGUUCACGUCACCUUCGUCCUGCUUCCUUCAGGCUCUCAGUUCUAGGUUUUCUUUGGAAUUAAAGUCCUGUUUGAAGUUACUCGACACAGACAUGCAUUUCUGUUGGGCCUGUUCUGAGUCCAAGAAGACUGGAGACCAAAUGAGAAGUGGCCCUGGGACUAAGCCUGCAAGCCCUCCACCUGCAGCCCUCCCAUGGCUCUACCAGGCUGCCUAGUGGGAGACAGGAAGGAGUGACCACCUGGCAUCUCUUGGCUUUGGAGAGAGAAAUAGCCGAGAGGUGGGGCAUGGUGCAAACCAGAGACCACCAUGCGUGUGACUUGCCAGGAAAGAGUUACAAGCAGAGCCCAAGUGGACUCACUUUCCUCACCUUUAGGUUCCAGCAUUUUGAGACGCCCACGUGCUGCUGCUUACUUGUUGCACUGGCUUUCCCUGGGUGGGCCGUGGGUGGUGGGUGAGUGGGGAGCUACCUUGGUCUGUGAUCCUUGGGCCCAUGCGGGACAUGGGAGCAUGGCAAGCCUGGCAGGCAGAGGCUAAGGGCACCACAAAACUGCCCUCUUGGUACCGAAGCUUCAGAUGGUUUGGGGCCAAAGGGUGAAACCCUGCUCAUGGUGCAAGAUAGGCACCCCAUCGCUCAUCACGUCACUUGGAGACAUUUCCAGGUCCUUCUCAGCACUGACUGACAGCACCUGCAGCCCUGAACCCUGGUUGGGCCCAGAGAGCAUGGCUUCCAUGCAGGCUUCGAGUCCUGAAGAGUAGCCUCCGUGAGACCUUCGAACAGGCACCUGGGGAGCUCAGGGAGGUGGCGCCUUCUUCCCGGGGGUCUUCCUUGCAGAGCCCCUCCUCCCUCGGCAUCUGCAGUUGGGACCACGGGCGGGGGCCCACCUGAUGGCAGAGAGCACCCAGCCCCUGAGUGUCGCCAACAUAAGUUAAUUUGCUCUUGUCUCUCCCUCCUCCAGGGAAGGAGGAAGGCUGGGCGGUCUCCAUUCCUUCUGCUGCAUCUUGGAAAUGUGCCACCCUGCCUGCUGGGCCAGGGAGUCUUACUGCAGCCCCCGUGUGGUGCAGACGGUGGAAGUGGGUGACAGCCUGGCCAAAGGGGAGCUUUGUCUUAGUGAUUUGAAAGGAUUACUGAAGAGAGUGUUGUCCAUUCUUAGUAGUAUGCAGUUCUUCAUCGCAAAUAACAGUUUCAGUAGAAAACAAAGUCUAUUGUCUCUGUCUUGACCUUUCCUCAUUAGAGUUGUAGUGAUGGAACAAGAAUGAACAUUUUCUAAGCUCAUGUCCAUGGAUCUCAGUGAGGAUUUGUGGACUCAUGGCAAGCUCAUCUCCCCCAUACUAGGCAGACGGACCUCACCUGACAAGGCUCUGCUAGCUGCGACAUGCUUCCUGUGGUCCUAAAGCAAAGAGGACGAGGAAACUUGGUUUAGGAAAACACAAUAACCCAUUCUUCAGCAGGAGUGGUUAGCCUAGUUCGUUGUCCCUCUGGUGAGCCGAGACUACUGGCCGAAGGCAGUUGCUGGUGCCUCAGCCAGUUCCUUCCCUGUGCCCGAGAUGUCCUAGCCGGACAAUGCAGGGGGUGGCUAGCCUACUUGGCUCCCUGCUUCCUGCCACCCAUCCUCUGUUUAGGUGCAAGGGGACCAAUGCCAGAAAAGAAAGCAAGAAACAUUGUGCUGGUCCCCAGGUGAGUGUGGCCCAAGAACCCGAGUCAUGGCCUCUGUUAGCAUCUGCUGUAACAGAUCUUGCCCAGUGGCUUCAAACAACAGACAUUUAGGUCCUGAGGCAGUGGUCAAACAAGAUGUUAGCAGGGCACGCUCCUCCUGUGGCACCUGGGACGUUUCCUCGCCUUGUCCAGCUUCUGGAAGCUGCCCUCCACCCUCAGUGAAGAUGCCUUUGCACCCUCCCUCUGGCUCGGCCUCUCCUGCUUCUCUCUGUUGGAGGCUCUUCCUGGACAGUCUAGGAUGGCCCUGUUUCAAGGUCCCUCUGCCUUUAGGGACCUUGAGACAGAGGUGCUCUUCACAGGUUGUAGGGUUGAGAAUGCAGGUGUCUUUGGAGGCCUUUUUUCUGUCAAUGCCUCAAAGGCUUCUUUAGGGUGCUGGGAGGCAAACAGCCCCUCAGCUAAACCUGCUGCCACAACUCUGGCCAGGCUGUUUGACAACGAGUGCUGUAUUUAUUGAAGAAAGUUUAAGUGGCCUUGUUGAUUUGAAAGUCAGCCCAUUUCUACCUUCGCCCAGCUCCACUGCCUACCACCUGUGGGACUCUGUUCAGCUCCGGCCUCUGAGCCUGCUCAUCUCUGACCCCACAGCUCUGAGAUGAUGGUCUCUACUGAAACCUCCACCUCAUCCCAACAUCCUGAUCCUUGGCAGAGAAAGUUCCUAGUCCAGUUUCCAGCCCUUCCCAGCUUCAGCUGAGGGGUCCACACUCAGCCCUCAUCCCAGCCUGUGCUGGGUGCUUAGGGCACAGCCUGGACCCACCCACCUCCCUCUGGUCAUCUCACCCAUGCCCACUGCCAACACCAACCCUCCCUGACAGCCACGACCUCUCCGUGAAUGCCAGCCUGGUCCUGAUGUGUCCACAAAGGCAGGGGAGCUACUGGUUCAGAUCUCAAGAAAUCAACCCAGUUUCCUUUUCAUUCUAGAUGGGACCUGGUUAUGUAAGAAGUCAACCAGGCAGGUGAGUGAUAGGCGUGUCCCAGUAGGGGACCCAGGGACUGUCUUAAUGAAAACAAUUGACUCUGUGUGACUCCUGGAAUUCUGACCUCACAGGUGUAUAGUGUGGUCUGGUGGAUGUGCUGACGCCCACGGACGACCUCCCAUCAGCAGGGCUACAGUGAGCAACUUGAACCCCAUGAGUAGAUACAAGAACCACGCCCCCAGGACCAAGUGUGCCAACACCAGCCGUCCUCAUCUUUCAUGCCUUGUGUCCUCAAGGUGAUAUGGAGGGACCAGGACAGAGGGCCAGGCAGUUUGGGUAGCUUGGGUCUGGCUGCCACUGCUGUGCAGGACCUCCCAGCCAAAUGUAGGUUCUACCUCAGUCUGGUCUGAACUGUCAGUUGACCACUUACAACUCGGGGGUUAAGCAAAUACCACAUCUUUUAUUUUCUGCCUAGAAUCCAGUGUCCUGGCUUCAGAAGGGCACUGAGCCCCACAGUACUGUCUGAACAGAGGGGAUCCCUGUGCAGCACCUGGUGGAUUCUCCUAGGAAGGGUGGACUAGGCAGGGUCCACGCUUAUCUGGGUUCCACAGAUAAGGCUGCCCUUCAUGCCCACGUGGAUGGGGGCAGGAUGUAACCAGGCUGCCUGGCCCCUCCAUAUCACCUUGAGGACACAAGGCACGACAGAUGAGGAUGGCUGGUGUCUGCACACUCGGUCCUGGGGGUGUAGUUCUGGUAUCUGCUCACAUGGGGUUCGAGUUGCUCACUGUAGCCCUGCUGACGGGGGCAGGUCACCUUUGGGCAUCAGCACAUCUACCAGACCAUGCUGUAUACGUUAGAGCAGUUCAAGAUAGAACGGAAUGAAAUCAUAUUCCUGGCAUUUAGGACCACAGCAGAAAGAACAAAGGUACCAGCUGGCCCUAGCUGGUUUUGCUCAGUGGAUAGAGAAUAGGCCUAUGGACUGAAAGGUCUCGGGUUUGAGUCCAGUCAAGGUCACAUGCCCAGUUGUAGGUCCAAUCCCCAGUAGGGGGCAUGUAGGAGGCAGCCAGUCAAUGAUUCCCUCUCCCUUCUCUGAAUCAAUAAAAAUAGAUUUUUUUUAAAAAGGUACUAACUAUGUUUAGAUGAAAUGGGACAUCAUACCUCAAGACACAGCCAGCCAGACCCAGUGAGGCCAGUCCAAUGGGGAUGGUCCAGAGAAGCCCUACUGGGCCAGCGUAGGGCCCUCCCACCCAGAAGGACUCUAAGGAGAGGAGGCUUUCGACAACGUACUUUCAAAGUAACUUUUAUUCAUGCCUGUAAGAAAUUCAGAUUUUAAACUGAUUGCCACAUCAAUUAUCUUGAACCUGCUUGGAUAUGGUUAUCAUUAAGUUUCAAUAAAAGGCGCAAUGAUUUAUCAACAUCCUCAGGGUGAAAGAGGGCAGAGGAAGGCUGAGUGACAUACCACGAAGUCCCUGUGCCCCGGCCACUCGAGAGGCUCAUCGUAGCUCUGCUUGUUGUUGACUUGUGCACAGCCCCCAUGUUGUGCAAUGUGAACACUGCACAUCAAGCCUUUCAUAAGGCUCCGGCCUCGCAGGACCCAGGGAAGGGGACAGUCCCUCCACAUUUAUGUCCACAGCUUCCCCAGCGGCCUCUGCGCUGCGGCCUGGAUGAUAUCCUCAGAGAGUGUGCGGAUCUCCUUGUGGACGUCUUCAAUGCUUUUGGAAGCAUCAACCACCUAUUCCCAUGGGAUGUCAGGAGAAAAAGGAUGGUUAAUGCUCUUCACCUUUGUCGGUGAACAUGUGGAUUUCAGACAGGGCUGGGUCUGGGAAGAGCACAGUACAGGCCCCUUGGAGUCCUUCAAACAUUUCUGACCCUCAGCCCCAGCUGGGCCAGGAGGGCUUUGCUUGUAUCCUUGGGGCGAAGCUAACCCACAUACCUGCUGCAUCCCAGAAGCAGAAUAAACACCCCAUCCUCCUGAUCGUCUUCCUCCUCCCCGUGACUCCCCCAGGUAACCACACAUCAGCUCUCCUCAGGUCUGGCUGAGGAGGCAGAGAAAGGGCAAUGCCUGUGCUAGGCUAUAUUCCCACACAUCCUCGGCCACAAAAUUCACUCAUUAAAUGCUGUGUUCUCAUGGAAAGCAUGAGGACCUCUGGUACCAAGGGAGCCAGCCCACGAGAAAACAUCUCCACCAGGAUGUGGGAGACUGGGGAUUCAAGUCCUCCUACCAUCGAUCUAGGUCUAGGCCAGUGAUGGCGAACUCAUUUUUUUGGUUGAUUUUUCUUUGUUAAAUGGCAUUUAAAUAUAUAAAAUAAAUAUCAAAAAUAUAAGUCUUUGUUUUACUAUGGUUGCAAAUAUCAAAAAAAUUCUGUAUGUGAUACGGCACCAGAGUUAAGUUAGGGUUUUUCAAAAUGCUGACACGCCGAGCUCAAAAGGUUCACCAUCACUGGUCUAGGCCAAGAACAGCCAAUUCUGGAAAAGCUCCUGGGGGGUGUAGACGAACUCAGAAAAAUGCAAUAUGAGGUCUGACUAGGCAGAAAUGAGAAUGACUCCUGAGACCCCACACAAGUACACCCCGAAGGUCACCUCGCCAGCCACUGCUCCAGCAGCACAGCUCUUACACAGACCUUCCCGGACAGCAACACUGGAUGGUGUGAGGGGCGUUAGCCACCAAUUAAUUUUCAAAUGGUCCUCGGGAAGUUUUUGUACUAUACCUGCAACUUUUCUGGAAGUAUCUUAUUGCUUAAAAACUUUGAAAAAGAAUGCUAAAAAAAGACAAAAAACUUUCAGAUAAACAAAAGCUGAGAAUUCUAUGCUAGGAGACCUGCCCUACAAGAAAAGGCAGUUCUUCAGGCUGAGGGAAACAAAACAUGACUGGAAGCGUGGAAGGAGAGAUGAGCACCAGUGUGGGCCAGUGGGAAAUAAAGUUUUCUGAUUCAUA